AUGGAAGAAAAAAAGCCGAAACAGGCCUCGCGUGCUCGAUUCCCAUCUCCCCCUCCCUGCGCACAGCCGCACACCACCAACACCAUUCACCAGACGCCGCCGCCGCCGCCGCCCCUCAUCCCUGUCCCGUCCCGCGCGCGGCCGCCGCCCCUCAUCCCUGUCCCGUCCCGCGCGCGGCCGCCGCAUCCGUCCGGGCCUCCUCGUCUCCCCAGCCCCGCUGCCGCCGGGUUCAUCAGCAGAAGCUGCUUGCUCCGCCGCCGCCCUCUUCCUCCUCUACUGUUGCAAGAUAAAACAGUUGAAGAAAGUACAGAUGUUGUGACUGGAAACAUAUCUGGUUUUCCUGCCAGCCAAUUUGAUCAUAGUGCAUGGGCAUACAAGGGUGCCAUGGUCAGGAAUAUGCCAGAUGACCCGUCCCAGUCACAACAUCUCGUUCAAGAAGAUUUAGUUGAUGUAUUUGACAUUUUGGAUGACCUGAAGAAUGACCCUGUACAGCGUGAUUUGUUGAAAGAAGUCGAGAAACACGAUGUAAAGAAUGUUUCUACAUUUGGUUCUACUGAAAGGAGCAUCCCCCUGUCCCAAGGUUUCACGAUGCCCCGGUUGUACCUGAUGACACUGACAUUCAGUACACACCUCCUCAGCCACGAGCGACACGUUCUCAAGCUCAACCUCUGAAAUCUUCGCUCCGUACCAAUGAGACUAGGCAGAUUAGGAAAGGCCAGAAGAAGCUCAAGAAGUCGCCUAAGAAAGUCUCCCAAGAUGUUGAGCUUGAUGACAAUGGUUUCCCCAUCAUCGACUUUGCUGCUCUAGACCGUUUUGAUCCUCCUCCACAUCUUGCCGUGGAUGUUGAGAGUUAUGGUGGACCAGCUGCCUCAGGUUGAUAUGGUGGACUCGUGUCACUAUUCAGACCUGAAUGGCGUCGCAAAGUGGCUGCAAAGCAGGCAGCUUUGAGGAUGGUGGCAGAAAUUCUUGAGAAGAGGAUUGCUCACCCACAGUUGACAUACUUUACAUAUGUUGAAAAGUUCCUUCCUGAGGAUGAUCCAGAAGAUGUGAUUGCUUUGGAGUACAACCUAAUUGGCAGUAAGCAGAUUUAUGAAGCAUGUGCAGAUGGCGAAAUGAGAAGCAAUGACCAAGUGUACUACUACACCAUCUGCAUAGCUAAUGAAGACAAGCUCUUCAGGACCGAAGCUGCCGAUUACAGAAUUUUCCUUCCUACCAAUCUGUCAGGAGCAGAGGAGCAGUUGAGUCCGCGUGGAGAUCGACAUCAAAUGGAGGCAUUCGUCGUCUGCCCCUUUAGCACCCAACGUUUCUAUUUUGAUUCUCGGUGUCAACCACACACACUGGCCGUAUUUUAUAUUCCAUCCAGGUUUGUGGCUGUUUUCAGUUACACAGUCCAUCCACAAGUAAUUUUGCUCAAACGGUUGACUGAUUGCCAACAAUUAAGGGCUAAUCUCUUGAAUAUAUAUCUACCUUUAUUUUCAAUCGAUUGAUGGCAAAAUUUGAGUUCA